GUCCAGAUGGAGGCGCUGUAAGCCUCACUUUUCUCCUGCUGCUUCAUUCCAAUGUGCAGUCUUGAGUCUUCUCCGCGCCCGCUGCAGAAAGAAGAUGGGCACAGCUUUAGUGCACGACGAAGAGAUGACUCGCUACAAACUGCUGUGGUUUGAUCCAGCCUGUGCGAUCGAGACCCCCGAGCGUCUGACAGUGAGUCACGAAGCCUUGGUCAGGACCGGCCUGGCUGCUCGAUGUGUUCCUACACCUGUCCGAGAGGCCUCGGAUGAUGACAUUCUACUAGUGCACAGCAAGGAGUACCUAGACGCAGUGAAGAAGACCCCCUACAUGACGCUAGACGACCUGAAGGAGUUCACCCUACAUUACGGGGACGUGUACUUUCACCCAAACAUCUAUCACUGUGCCAAAUUGGCUGUGGGCGCCGCGUUGCAACUGGUAGAUGCCGUUAUGACCGGGAAGGUGAGAAAUGGCAUGGCUUUGGUCAGACCCCCAGGACAUCACAGCAUGCGCAGUGCUGCCAGUGGAUUCUGUGUCUUCAACAAUGUGGCCAUAGCAGCCAAGUACGCCCAGCAAAAAUAUGCUGUUCAAAGAGUGCUAAUAGUCGACUGGGACAUACAUCAUGGUCAAGGGGUGCAAUAUGCCUUUGAGGACGAUCCAAGUGUGCUUUACUUCUCUUGGCAUCGCUAUGAGCACCAGGAAUUCUGGCCUAAUCUCAGAGACUCAGACUAUGACUGUGUGGGCAAGGACAAAGGUGCUGGCUUCACUAUAAAUGUGCCAUGGAACAAGAUUGGAAUGCAGAACAGCGACUACUUGGCCGUGUUCUGUCACGUCCUCCUGCCGGUCGCCUACGAGUUUUGCCCUGAGCUGGUGUUGGUGUGUGCAGGCUUUGACUCCGCCAUCGGCGACCCAGAGGGUGAAAUGUGUGCCACCCCGGACAUCUUCGCCCACCUCACUCACCUGCUGAUGAACCUGGCCGGGGGGAAAUUAUGUGCUGUUUUGGAGGGAGGAUACAACCUGACUUCACUCAGCCAGUCUGUGUGUCUCACUGUUCAAAGUCUGCUUGGCGACCCUCCGCCCCGGCCCACGGAGCUCCAAGGACCCUGUCAAAGCGCCCUGGAGUCCAUUCAGUGCGUGCGCUCUGCUCAUAGCAAGUACUGGUCCUGCCUUCAACAUGCAGCGGAAAGACCCCCCUCAGAUGUGAGCACUAAGCUGGAAGCAAGUGGAGAGGCAAGAGUUAUCAAAGCUGACUUAGUGUGGCCCCAGCCUGCCAGACUCCUUCCUCCUGCCUUCUGCACCGCAGCAUUGAUCCCCGAGGACCUGCUUUGUCCCCUGGGCUGCUUCAGGUUCCCCCGGGACCUCCACUCACAAAGAGAUGUGGAUGUUUCUACGUGGUCCAGCCUCACCGCACUUGUGGGGAGACUGGAGAAGAAUGAGAUCAGAAAUGGCUUGGCCUUGGUGAGUGACGUCUCCAUGGCGAUGGCGCAUGUCUUCGGGCACACUCCCAAACAACGAGUUGUGGUGGUGUGUGUUGGAGACACUGAAGUCCUGAGUGGCCUGCCAGAGGAUGGGAAAACACUUACAGUGCACUUCAGCAAGGAGGCGCUAGACAAGCCCAGGUGCAAAUAUUACAUCCCUGUGUGUCUGAAGAAGAGCUUGAUGCAGGCCACCUGCAGCCUCCUCCUGCCACUCAGCUACCAGUACGACCCCGACCUGGUCCUGCUGGCCCGGGUGCCAGGGAGCCACAUGGGCCAGAGCGAGUGGCAGCAGCUUGUAGGCCUCCUGCAGGGUCUGGCUGGGGGUCACAUGCUGGUGCUCAUUCAGGAAGGUGAAAAGGCUCUUGUGGGGCCGACAGCGUCCUCCCUCUCUGGGAGCCCCGCCUCCUCUCUGGAGCCACUUCCUGCUCCAGGAGCUGAGGACAUUGAGGCGCUGGAGAGCCUGAAAUGGCAACUGACGACUGACUGGAAGCUACUGCAGACGUCAGCUCAAUGCAAAGAGUUUACUGCUUGUUGCGGAACAAAAGCAGCAACAACAUGAGAUGCAUCCAUGAUCCACUUUUGUCAAGAUUGAGGACAUCUCUUUUACAUGUGUGCUAGCAUGU